AUGAUGAAGUUGGGAUCGCUGAUGAUCGUUUUGGUCUUAUUAACCCAUGCCUUGAUCACCGAUGGUAAGGCAAAAUAGUCAGAAAAAAGAAACGGUCAAUUCAAUAAAACCAAUGCCAGCAGGUGUAGAAACCAUAAUGGCCGUCAGUAUUCAUGUUUCCCGUAGGAAAUUUACAAUUACAAAUAGCUUUUGUCUUCUAUUAUCCUAAUGUUGAGGAACAAGUGCUUGAUUGAUAAUACCAGCGUAGCCGAACUCUGUGAACGUACAAUUAAAGGGGUGAACUCUUUUCCAAGGUGUCAAAUCUAAGUACACUGUAAUAUAAUAACUCCGGUUUUUCAGUUCUAGAAUUAUUCCUGAAGAUUUCAGGCUACAAUGCAUCAAUAAAUAAAAACGUUUUAUUUUACUGAGCUGUCUUAUGAAUAGCCGUUCUUAAAUGCUUCAGGGUUUGUCACUAUACGUAAAAGCACUUAACUUCCUUUAUCACUUGAGAGAAACCUUAUUCGUCUAAAAACAGAUAGAAAUGACAUUGCUUCGCUUUCAGUUUCUCUCAAAAUGGUUUUAUGAAUCAGAACUGCUGCGCUGCUUUCACGAUUUACAAAUAAGAGUAUAGUAGAUGUACCUGGGUUAUCGCUUAACUUUUGCCAAAUUAAAGAUGACGUUUUUAACUUCAACUACCAGAAUUUAGUUAUUUCAUUUUUACUUUCUAAUUUAAAUUUACUAUUCUGGUAGUUGUAAUCAACAUCAAAGUGAUGUUAUGGUGUCCUAUUAAGCAACUAAUCCUUUGCCGUAGUUACUUACGAUCAGAGUCAGCCAAUCAAAACGUAGCCAAUCUAUCAAACGCUCUGCACGUACAUCCGUCAUGUACAUGUUACAUUUUCAUUUUGCCACUGCAUAUCUACAGCAUUGUUGGAUUUUUUAAGGGGGCUAUAAAUACACGACGAGCAAUUUUUCUGAAUCCUCAUGAAUUUGGACGUAAGUCCAUAACUUCGCCUAUAUUUGAUAAAUUUAGCCACUUGAAAUAAUGAUCGCGGAGAAACAUUAAUUUCAGUCGCGUCGCAUUUGAUUGGGUAUAUCAAAGGAUUGGAGAGCUUAAGCAAGGCCAUUUUUGAACGACGCUCGCGCGUCAGCCGGAAGUGGACGUUUUGCCUUUUUGGGCAGCGACCUUGGCCGUUUUUUGGGACAAAUCGUCUGUAUAUGAGUAAAGAAGCUUAACAAGACAGAUUUGGUAGCAACAAGGCAUAUUAAAAUGAAGAAGGGCACACUUAGGGUCGACGUGCGUCGUCUAAAAAUGUCCUUGCUCAAGCUCCCUAAUGAUAAACUUAAUACACGUGCGGUUGUUUUUUUGCUCACAAUCAUGUUGUUGCCGGUCGCCAUCGCCGUCGUAGUUUCCUUAGGUCAUUACAAUUGUGAGACCGGUGGCGAUGAACAGUGGAGUCAACUAGACUAAAGUUAAAAAAACUUUAGCAAUGUACACAAUUGAACUACCUAUCUAAAUCUAUGGAUCCGCCCUCGCUGUGGGCAAACCUUGGUUUAUUGAGAUUUUGGGGGAUGCCAUUCCCAAAGAAAGAAGACAUGUUCGUGUUUAGAGCUAAGCUGCUUCGCCAUGUUCAAACGUCAGAGACGUUUUAUCGUUUUACUAAGUGAGAUUAUUUACUUGCGUUAAAAGAAAACCUGGGGAAGGAUGGACAUUAUAUAUUUAACAAUUAUUCCACGAGGGCACGUUGGAUAUGAGAUGAUAGAUAGCCAACGAGGCGCAUAGCGCCGAGUUGGCUAUAAUCAUUUCAUAUCCAACAAGCCCGAGUGGAAUAAUUGUUUUAUUAAAAACGCCCACAAAAUCUCGUUGAUUCGACCCGACUCGAGCAAACCGGAAAAGACAAGGGACUUCCGCUAUUCACAUGUCACACGUCUAUCAAAACUGUCAACGCGCGAACGGACUCGCCAAGACUGCAUGAAUGAAAAAUCAAAACAUUGUAGCGAUGAACAUUAGUUUUUUAAAAACUCAUCGUGAUUCUAGGAUUUUACACAGCAAAACAGCUUAAAAAACCUUGCAGAUAAUGUGAAGGAAAGGAAUUUUUAAGUGACAGCCGUCGAAAUUACUAUGACUUUGGAUUUUCGGUGCAGUUAUAAAAGUAAGAACAACGGAGAAAAACUACCGGUAUUACCUCGGUCGCUUGUUAUGAAGUUGUUUGAAGCCACAAGCUGGUUUUGCUGAACGAGAAAAGAAGCUAUACUGCCGCCUCGAUUGCUCUAGUGAAUGGCUGCAUAGCCUGUAUUUGUAGCUGGUUACUUGUGAUUUAUAUUCUUGAUGUCGGAUAAACAAGCUGCAGUUAUCUAUCGGCGAGUGACUCGAUCGGUGAAUGGCUUCGCGACCAUGAAGAAACAACACUUGUCUUCUUUCGUAGCUGGUCAAGGUACUUUAGUUCCAUGUGUUUUCAUGUGUUUUUCCACAAACUUUCAAACAAGCUCUUGCGGCUUUUUUGUUUGUUUUUGUCUUUUUUCUUUCGUUGAAAUUGCAUUUCUAGUAUUCUAAGAAAUGAGUUAAAACGAUUUGCUUCGGGCGCCGUGCUAUCCUUCGCGAAAAAAAUCUCAGCUAGCUUCCAAUUUUAAACUGACGCGUACACCGACCAUAUAUGGAGAACAUGGUAUAUUAGCUCAUAUGCCAUAACGGCUAAGCCAAUCAAAAUGCUAGAAUUGCAUUAUCCAAUGAUUCAGUUUUUGAUAAAGUUAAUUAGUUCAUACAAGGAUCUUUACAUUUUUCUUAAAUUAUGAGCUCCUCGUUGAAUCAAUCUAGGGAAAAUAAUGGAAAGGCAAUCAAUCAAGUUUGCAGACUUCUCGGGAAACAGAAGAAAGACCUAAAAUAACUUUGAAAAUUGGCACUCAAUGGCGCAAAGGUCUACAAUUCUCGAUCUGCAGUUUUAUUUUUCGAAACUUAGAGCCGUUUUUAGUAAACCUCUCCACUGUUUAGUAAAUUGACACUGUAUGGGUAUUAUACAUCAAACCUGAAUAUUGGAGAAUAUGAAAACCUUUAUAAUUUUUUUUUUGAAGAAUUCUCUCAGUUAGAGGUAGAGCCGAGCAAUGUAGCAUAUAAAUAUGUAAAGCUCACAAACAAGGAUAGAGAAAGGAAAAAAAGCCGAGAUAAAUAAAAUUAAGAUAUUAUUAAUUUGCAAUCAAGCAGAGUUUUCAAGAAAUUUUCGUUAUUGUGUUGGGUAAAUCAAUAUAAUCAUUUUCAUCUGAAAGUUUUUGGACUAAAGUGUCGUGGAUAUUGCCUUAAAGCUACAUACUGAGAACUGCUACUCGUCAUUUUAUUGACUACUUUCCUUUUGUCUCUCACAGGUACUUGCGUGAAGAAAUUGGACAUAGUAGUAGUCUUGGAUGACUCAACAAGUGAAGGAAUUGAUGGCUUUCAUUCAAUAAAAGAGUUUGUGAUCGGUUUAAUGAGGGAUAUGGAAGUAGGCCCGGAUAAAACUAGUGUAUGCCUAAUACUAGUGCACCUUAAUCCGACCGUGGAGUUUAACUUUAAGAAUUAUUCCUCCAAACUUGAACUGGAAAUGGCUGUUUCUGAGCUGAUCUACAGUAAAGGAGCAACAGGUAAUAUUAGUCAUCUUCCUUACAAACAUAAAACUAAUUUAUCGGCUGGUCUGAGAUUGCCUAAAAAAAUGGAAACUCCCCAGUCGCUUUCAUUUUCACGGUAAGUUGAUAUAAUUUUGGGCACAAAAAAAACCUCGGGAACUCAAAGUUUAAAUUUUCUUUGAGUGGACAACCGCCCACGUUUUAGUUUUUUCAAGCUUCUCCUUGUAUAAGUGAGACAUAAAUAAAAACGGACGUACUACAGGCAUUAUUAUAAACUGAUGUACGGCAGGCGGUGAUGUAUAAUCUCGUCGUCACUAAGUUUCUUCUAUCUGUUUCUAUGGCAGUUAAUAUCAAGUGUUGUCCGGUUAAUUUCUCCCAUUCAUCAAAUCUAGAACCACAUCUCCUCUAGUGAGUUUUUGUGGGGGAGUGCAGCGUUUUCAACAGGCCUAUGAAAAAUACGGCCUAAGUAGAAAGAACCAUCAAUGUCAAGAAUAUGAACUCCUCUUGAUUUCGAUCCGUUUCAUAACUCCUCUCUAAGGUGAUGUUACACGAGGCGAUUCGCAACGACGAUUUUAAGCGCAACAUUGUUGCGACAUUGUUUCGAAUGGCCACAACAUUGCUCCAACAUUGCAACGCUGUGUUUCGCUAAAAAUUGCCGUUGCGAAUCGUCCCGUUCAACAUCACAUUUACUGGUUCCGCAAUCUUCGUUUACAGGGAUUAAAGAUAGUUUGAAGAAGGCGGCAGCUGAACUUUUUAACCCACAGGCUGGCGCAAGACCCGAAGCGACGAAGUUUCUAAUUGUCUUCUCUGACGGCGACUUCAUCCCUUUCUCGUUAGUAAGUAUCAGAAAGUUGUUUGGCUCAGCUCAGUUUAAAAGUGAGGUAGGCUAAAAAUUAUUACCACGCAAACUAGUUUGGGCUGACGACAUAAGCCUUAUGUUCCAGAUGCUACGCCUAUGCUAUCGUCAGAAUAGGUCCUUUUAUGUUCGUCCUAACCACGCUCGACAUCACCAUCAGGGUCUAAGGCCGCACGUUAUCAUGGCGUCUUCAUCACGAAUUUUAAAUGAAGGAAAAUGUUAAACUCAAAUUGAAAGAAAAGAAAAUGAUACGAGACAAGAUCUGUUGUAAGGAGCUUUAAUUCCUCCAAUAUUGAUGACGUUAGCUUAGACUGGUGAUGAAAAAACUUUCUUAAGCCUGGUUUUCACUAGCGACGGAGUUGGAGUCAGAAUCGUAAGUGGAGGGUUAUAACAGCGCUUACGACCUUGUAAAAAUCAAACAUUGGGGUCGUAAGCGGAGUCAUAGGAGCGACGGAAUCGAAGCCGGAAGAAUCAGAACGUUUCCAUUUUCUUCUGAUUCCGCUUAUGAAUCCGUCGCUUACAAUCAACUGAACACCAGAUAGUCGGAGUAGGAAGCAGAUCAAUUACUUCUUUCGCUACUGUUUGCGACUCCGACACUGCCUAGUUUUUAUUUGAUCGCGGAAUCAGAACGCUGCUUUCACUCCAACUCCGACUCCGUCGCUAGUGAAAACCAGCCUUAAUGAACGUCUUUUUUCACCUCAAUUAAACCUACAGGAUGACUGGAUACGCGGCAUCAAUGUACUGGCUGUAGGAAGCGGACAAACAAUCUACGAGGAUUCGCUGAAGAAACUUGUUAAACAACCAAUAAAAGACUUUUUCACUACCAACGAGAAUACACCAAAAAAUGUGACAGCACGCAUAAGGGAAUUGGCUGAAAGGAAAUGUGCCUAA